GAGCCCCAGACAAAGCCCCAUUGAGAAGAGGGCAGGGGACGUCCAGCAACUCCAGGGGGAGGCUGGAGAGAGACCAGCGACCCUCCCCCGCGAGCAGGAGCCACCUGAGGGGAGGGGGCAGGCGGGGGUGGGGUCUUAGCCCCCCACGCGCGUCUCUCUCCUUUCCGGGCUGGAGCUGGACGGGAGAGCCGACCCCAGCGUGUGGGGGAGAGAUGCUGAAAGGAGCCGCUGAGCUGGGAUCUAUGGAGCAUUUUAUAGGAAAGAAGUAACGCUGCCAAAAUCCCGCCGGGGAGCGAUAAGAAGGAGCCUUGGAAGUGUCGGUCCCCCCCUAUGAAAUGCUUCCCGCACUGGCUGCACAUCGAAAUGGGAAGGAGCAAUAGCGCUUUACGGUCUUGCAAAGGGAAGCUUCGAAACUAACCCAGGAGCCUCCAGAUCCAAGGAGGAGGAACCGCUGCAGGCUGCUGGUGUGUGUCCUCAAUGAACAGGAGCGGGGGCUGGAACCGCUGGCAACUCAUCUAGGACAAGUUCCCCCCCCCGAAGGAUCCAUUUCUCUGAAGGAGCAUGGAGGAGUGGAGGCAGUGUGGCCGCUGGCUGAUCGACUGUAAGGUUUUGCCCCCGAACCACAGGGUGGUCUGGCCCUCAGCUGUUGUCUUUGACCUGGCUCAGGCUUUGAGAGAUGGAGUCUUGCUCUGCCAGCUGCUUCAUAACCUGUCACCUGGAUCUAUCGAUCUCAAGGACAUCAAUUUCAGGCCACAGAUGUCACAGUUUCUCUGUUUGAAGAACAUUCGAACGUUCUUAAAAGUCUGUCAUGACAAAUUUGGGCUAAGGAACAGCGAGCUGUUUGACCCCUUUGACCUCUUCGACGUGCGGGAUUUUGGAAAGGUGAUAUCAGCUGUAUCCAGACUUUCCCACCACAGUAUCGUUCAAACCAAAGGAAUUAGACCCUUCCCUUCCGAGGAGACCACAGAGAACGAUGAUGACGUCUAUCGGAGCUUGGAGGAACUGGCUGAUGAACAUGAUCUGGGGGAGGAUAUUUACGACUGCGUCCCUUGUGAAGAUGAAGGCGAUGAUAUCUACGAAGAUAUCAUCAAAGUGGAAGUUCAGCAACCUAUGAAAAUGGGAAUGACAGAAGAUGACAAAAGAAAUUGCUGUUUGCUAGAAAUUCAGGAGACCGAGGCCAAAUAUUACAAAACACUUGAAGACAUAGAAAAGAACUAUAUGAAUCCAUUAAAGCUGGUACUGACUCCACAAGAGAUGGAAUCUAUUUUUAUCAAUUUGGAGGACCUAAUUAAAGUGCACUUCAAUUUCCUGAGGGCCAUCGAUGUCUGUAUGAUGUCUGGAGGAAGUAGCUUGGCGAAAGUUUUUCUAGAAUUCAAAGAAAGGCUGUUGAUUUAUGGCGAGUACUGCAGCCAUAUGGAAUGCGCCCAAAAUACCCUGAACGGUCUCAUUGCAAACAGAGAGGACGUUAGGCAAAAAGUUGAGGAAUGCACAUUGAAGGUUCAGGAUGGGAAGUUUAAAUUGCAAGAUCUGCUGGUGGUACCAAUGCAAAGGGUCUUGAAGUAUCAUCUCCUAUUAAAAGAGCUUCUCAGCCAUUCGUCUGAUCGGCCAGAAAAGCAACAACUCAAGGAAGCUUUGGAAGCCAUGCAGGACUUGGCCAUGUACAUAAAUGAAGUCAAGAGAGACAAAGAGACCUUAAAGAAAAUACGUGAAUUUCAGAAAUCUAUAGAAAACUUGCAAGGGAAACUGGAAGAAUUCGGGAGGCCAAAGAUAGACGGUGAACUGAAAGUCCGUUCAAUAGUGAACCACACCAAGCAGGACAGGUAUUUAUUUUUGUUCGAUAAAGUGGUGAUCGUCUGUAAAAGGAAAGGAUACAAUUAUGAGUUGAAAGAAAUUAUCGAGCUGCUUUUCCAUAAGAUGACCGAUGAUCCCAUGAACAACAAGGACAUUAAGAAGUGGUCAUAUGGGUUCUACCUGAUUCACCUUCAAGGAAAGCAGGGCUUCCAGUUUUUCUGCAAGACGGAAGACAUGAAGAGGAAGUGGAUGGAGCAGUUUGAAAUGGCAAUGUCCAACAUUAAGCCAGAAAAAGCCAACGCAAAUCACCACAACUUCCAGAUGUACACGUUUGAAAAGACGACCAACUGCAAAGCGUGCAAGAUGUUUUUAAGAGGAACUUUCUAUCAGGGCUAUCUGUGCAUGAAAUGUGGAUCAGGUGCUCAUAAAGAAUGCUUGGAAAUUAUUCCUCCCUGCAAGAUCAGUUCUCCAGCAGACCAGGACUCAUUAAAUACAGGACCUGGUCCUAAAAUGGUGGCUGUUCAGAAUUACCAUGGCAACCCAGCUCACCCAGGAAAGCCAGUGUUAACGUUUCAGACCGGGGACAUCAUAGAACUGCUCAGAGGGGACCCUGAUUCGCAGUGGUGGGAAGGGAGGUUAAUACAGACAAAGAAGUCUGGUUAUUUUCCCAGUUCAUCGGUGAAGCCCUGUCCUGUGGACGCCAGGCCUCCCAGCAGCCGGCCUCCUUCGAGAGAAAUAGACUACACGGUGUAUCCUUGGUUUGCAGGAAACAUGGAGAGGCAACAGACAGACAACCUGCUGAAGUCGCACGUCAGCGGGACGUACCUGAUUCGAGAGAGACCAGCAGAGGCCGAGCGCUUUGCCAUCAGUAUUAAGUUUAACGAGGAAGUCAAGCACAUUAAGGUGGUGGAGAAAGACAACUGGAUUCACAUCACAGAAGCCAAAAAAUUUGAAAGCCUUUUGGAAUUGGUCGAAUACUACCAGACCCACUCGCUGAAGGAGAGCUUUAAACAGCUGGAUACAACGUUAAAAUAUCCAUACAAAUCCCGAGAACGUUCUACCUCCAGAACCUUCACUCGCUCCCCAGUGGUCACGCCUCCGGCCAUAGGGACGGCGGUGGCACGCUACAACUUCGCCGCACGGGACAUGCGAGAGCUCUCUUUGCGAGAGGGCGACGUGGUGAAAAUCUACAGCAGGAUAGGCGGGGACCAGGGAUGGUGGAAGGGAGAAACAAAUGGAAGAAUUGGUUGGUUUCCUUCGACCUACGUGGAGGAGGAGGGAGUAUAACGAGGACUGGAUCUCUGGCAGGCAUCGCCGAGCGCCCAGGAAAAGCCACUGGAGAGUGUGCACAGUGGUCCCAACGCCCAGGGCUCUGAGUGAAACGCAAUCAGAAAUCCUCCAGUAUUAACAAGUCUAUUGUGAAUUGUUUACAAUCAAUCCUCUGUAAAGUGUGUGUGCGCGUCAGGGGGUGCCACUGGCUCUCAGUCCUGGGUUGUGUUACUUGUGUGUAAGAGAGAGUGUCUAUAAGGUAACAUUUGUCUGUAACGGCAGCAGGAGGGUCCUGGGAAGAUCAUGCUCAACAGCCCUGCCUGAGCAGGACAACUCAGCACAGCUCUGCUCUGACACUUCAUCCAAACCUAUUUCACGGAGGGUGUCUCAAAAGCCACCCUGGGGCUCAUGGGAGGCAGGGGCCAAAGGUUCACGCUGACUGAAGGUGGAGGGAGCGUUUCAGAUUUCUACUGAGAAGGAGCAAGCCAGCCCCAAAGUAUCAGAAGAGGCGACCUCACCCCACCCUGCUCUCUCCCCCUGCUGCUUGAAUGGACCCCUCUGGAUAGCGAUUUUUCUUGUCAAGUCAGUGUGUUUGACGGCAGAGCCCAACUCUGCUGCCCCCCUGAGGUGAUUUGGGGAGCAGAGCAGAGGCAUGGUGAGGAGGUGUCUCUCUGUGAGCUUUGUAAGAUACCCGUUGUAAACUAGGAAUGAGUUUUUGAAGAGAGAGAGAGAGAGACAGGCGUGAAGUCAAACUGGAUACAGCCACCCCCAGACAUCAUGAGAGAGUUCCAGUUUUGCAACGUUGGUCCGUUCUCUCGGACUAACUUUGGUCCCACUAGAUUCACCCAGGACAGAAGGGACAGCACCGCCUGUAUCAGGAUGUGUGGCGGUGUUCGGGGGCUGCGGAAUGUGCCCUCCCUGGGAAGAGUAUUUGGAAGCCAUUGAUGUGCUGGGUGGCACAUACGGUAAUAGCUCCAGAUGUGCAUCAUCUGCUCCAGCGUGUGCACCAUUCACAGCGUACCUGUCCUGUGCUUAACAAGAAUACAGAAGCCCCUGCCAGAUGAAUGGCCCGUUCCUGUAGCCAUUAUACGCAUCUGCCUCAUUGACCUCCAACGGGGCUCACUCACCUGAUUAAGGACCGCAGGCUGAAUCCCUCAUUAUCCAAAAAUACAUUGUAAAAGAGUCUCUUUGCCCCAUCCACCAGCACCAUGAGGUUACGCCCCAAGUCUUUCCACCUGUUUUUCCCCCUCCCGUCACCCCUGGAGCCAAUAAGGAAAAUUCUGUGUUGCCCCAGCACUGUGUCUUUUUCAUCAUUGCACUGCUCUGAAUAACUUACUCCUGGGUCUCUUGCUUUCCAAGUUAUGUCCAUUUUAUGGGAUAGGCAGAACUGUCCAGUGGAAUCAAUUUCACGUGACCUCUGCCAGGUGCUGCCCUUUGCUCACCAGGGUGGCAUUUCCUUUCAAAGUGCAUUAUUUAAAACAAACAUGAUGCAUCCCCGACAAGGAACAACUCCCACUUCCCCCACGGCCAAGCCCAAGAAAUUCUCCUCCUGUUGCUUUAAAUGAGGCUUGGUCUGCGCUACAGAGUUAGGUCGACCUAAGGCAGCUUACGUCCACCUAAUUGUGUCAGUGUACACACUACAGCCUUGCUCCCGCCGAUGUAAGUGCCCUACUAUACUAACAUCAUAACUCCACCUCCAUCAGAGAGGCGUAGGGCUUAUGUCGGUAUAGUUAGAGUGACGCAGUGUCUGUGUAGACACUGCAUUACUUACAUUGGCUGUUGGCUGUCAUUCUUGUCAAAUUCACAGCUCCAGCUGGGCAGCCAGGCUCCCAGCGGGGAGCUGCGUGUGGAGCUGAGAUCCCGGGCUUUCAACCCCCCCACUCACCCCACCACUGCCCCUCUUAAGUCGGUGGAAGUGCUCCUGGUGAGGACGCACACCAUCGACAGAAGAAGAGUAGUGUGGACAUGAACCACUGCAGUUGUAAGUCAACCUAAGAUUCUAGUGUAGACAUGCCCUCAGUGCAGUUUUGGAUCGUUGCUCCCAUCUCACGUUUUUCAGCAGCCCGACAGCUUUGAGACUUUGCUACUGGGCUUUGGGCCAGAUUCUGCUCUCAUUUGCACUGAUGUAAAUCCAGAGGAACUCUAGAUUUGCACUGGCGUAAUGGACACCAACUGAAGUGAUCACGGCUGCUCGCCUUUAGAGGAGAGCUACAGCCACACAUCUUACAAUGGACGAAUAAAGAAACGAUAUCUAGCCAUUCUGCAAAUGCUCCAGGUAUAAUCUGUGGAAUUAUAGCCAAAUUGUUGCUGCCAGAUUGGGAUACUAAAGCCAAAAGGAGAAUACUGUGCACUGAAUGAAAAGGAAAACAAACGACCUUUGAAGGUAAAUUGCUGUUUAGUGACCAGGCACAAGCUGAAUAAUUUUGCUGCUUGUUUUGCUGUAUGUUUUCCUGUGUUCUGUCUCAAUCAGUGUGAACUGCCUGUUUGCUCGUUCUUCCUUGUGCCAAAGCCGCCAGUGAAACAUUCACGUUGCACCAUAUUGAUUAGAAAAUAUUUUAGUUUAAGCGAUGAUUGACUAACCGAUGCCUGCUGCUCAAAUGCCAAAGUCUAAACAUACCUGUGGUCAGGUUAUAGGGGAUUGCAAUUUGCACACAGCCAAGGGGCGGUUCCUCUUACCCAUUUUGCUCUGCAGAGUGCUGGAAAGAACAGAGCAGUCAGAUGUCUUGUGGUUUUGUUAAAGGCUAUUGUCCAGUGCUAACCUAUCUCAGUUCAGUCUUCUUGAUUGUCCACAACCUCUGUACCUUUUGACUUUUGUCAUCUCAGCCUGCCAGUAUUGAAAGGAAAUGAGGCAGAGCUUUGGAGAAGGAAGCCAAAAGGAGGCUGAGGGUUUGUGUACAUGGGGACACUCAGGAAAAUUAAUCUGAAUUAAUUUUUAAAGUGGAUUAGAUAAACUGCAUUAAAUCCUUUUGUGGAUGCUCUUAUUCAGAAGUAAAGUGGCCUUAAUUCAGAUCAGUUGACUUCACUUUGGAAAUUAAGUUUGAAUUCAGCUAAGGACACUUUAAUUCUAAAUGAUUGUCCACACAGGUCUUAAUGCAGUUUAACUAAUCCACUGUGAAUUCACACCCUUAGUUAGUUCAGAUUAAUUUUCCUGAGUGUCACCAUGUACACAAGCCAUAUGGGGAGUUGCAGGCUUAGCUCCCACUGAAAGGGAAUUGGGAGUUGGGCACUCACAUCCAUUAAGCUCCUUUGAGACUCCCAGCCUACAGGCCGAGCUUCUCAAGGCUCACCGGUGAUUUUGGUUGCCCAUCUUCAGAUGACUUCAAGGGGCCUGAUUUCCAAAAACUGCUGAGUAUCUGCUCUCUGUGGGAAAAAAAGUCUUUAAGAUGUCGCAAGUUAGGCACCCAAAAAUCACUAGUCACUUUUGAAAAUGUAGAUCAAAGGAUCUGAUUCAACCUUCAGUAGCAUCUGAGGGCAGAAUUUGGGUCCAGAAGACCCAACAAAAAAUGGAUAAAGAGAAGAAAAUUCAAGAUAAGAACAUAAGAAUGGCCAUGCUGGGUCAGACCAAAGGUCUAUCUAGCCCAGUAUCCGACAGUGGCCAGUGCCAGGUGCCCCAGAGGGAAUGAACA